AUGCCCGCCAUACUAGAAGACCCCUCCACUCGCAUCCCCCCACCACCAGCACACACCACCGCCGCAGCUACACUAACACCGCGACAAAGCACAAUCCCCAAAGCAUCCAAUGCGCCAGUGACUCUCUACCCCAUCACAGGCGGAUCCUCAAGUAUCCCCCAGGAUCUAGUCAAGUUCUUGCACGCGGAGUUCAGCGCGGAGAUUGAGCGGGGGAGUACGUAUCCCAUGGAGAGUGCGAUGGGAUUGGAGGCUUUUGCGGAGUAUUGGUUUGGGACUUUUGCUGUUGUGGCUGUUCUUGAUGAGGAUGGUGCAGCUGGUGAGGACGGGUUGAAGGAGGGGAGGGAGUGGGAGAAGGUUUGUUUGGGGACUUUUUAUAUUAAGCCGAAUUAUCCUGGUCGUUGCUCGCAUAUUUGCAACGCGGGAUUCCUGACUAUAUCCGCAGCACGCGGGAAGGGUGUUGGCCAGCAGAUGGGCGAAGCUUAUUUGGACUUUGCACCGAAGCUGGGAUACAAAUACUCCGUCUUCAACUUGGUUUUCGCUAAUAACCCUGCUUCCAUCCGUAUCUGGGAGAGACUUGGGUUCAGCGUUAUUGGACGGGUUCCUAAGGCGGCGCGUCUGGCUAAUAGCGAGGAGUUGGUGGAUGCGUUGAUUUUUGGACGGGAAUUGGGGAAUUCGAAAUAG